AUGAUUUAUAGCUUAGUUUGGGGAAAUUAUCUCGUUGGUUUCUGCGUUAAAAUACUGAAUUCAGCCGUUGUGAUCGGAUUCUAUUAUGGAUUUCUGACUACAUUCUCCAUAGGACCGUCUUAUCUCUUCCUUCUUCGAGGGCAAAUCUUAGGAAAGGGAUCUGAAACGAAAAUAUCAGCAACAACCGGGUUUAUUACGGGACAGCUCAUGAUGUUUAUAUCGAUCUAUUAUGCGCCUUUGCAUUUGGCAUUGAGUAGACCUCAUACAAUAACAGUCUUAACUCUACCGUAUCUUUUCUUUAAUUUUGUCCACAAAAAUGACAAACACUACUAUUUGGGUUCGGGAUCCAAACUGGAUUCUGAAUACAAGAAUCCAAAUUCAAUACGUCAUUUUAGGAUUGUUAAAGUAUUCUUUAACAAUCUUUUUUUUCAGUUAUUAAACCCCUUUCUUUUGCCAAGUUCAAUCUUAAUAAGAUUAAUGAACAUUUAUCUGUUUCGAUCCAACAAUAAAUUGUUAUUCUUAACAAGUAGUUUUGUUGGGUGGUUAAUAGGUCACAUCUUUUUAAUGAAAUGUAUUGGAUUGGUAUUAGUCUGGUUACAGCACAAAAAGUCGAUCAAAUAUAAGAUAACUAUGAAAUUUGAUAAAUACAUUCUCCUACAAUUGCGAAAUUAUGUGGGGCAAAUAUUUGUUGUUUUUUCAUUUGUUAGCUUUGCACACUAUUUAGGCAGAACACCGCUCCCAUAUUAUUAUAUUGAGGAAAUGAUGCGAUACGAUGACAGGGACCUGGAGGAAGUCAAAGCUGCAAUAGAUUGGGAAAAGGAAGAAACUAACGAAGAAGAAGAAGAUAUUACUGUUUAUCUUUCUGAUAAAAAAGAGAAUACUUUCAACAAAAAACUCGCCCCGUUGGAAAAAUCUCUUGUAACUACUCUUUUCGAUUAUCGAAAAUGGAAUAGGCCUUUGCGAUAUAUAAAAAAUGAUCACUUUGAAAGGGUUGUAAGAGAUGAAAAUUCACAAUUUUUUUUUCAGGUAUGUCAAAGUGAUGGAAAAAAAACGAAUAUCUUUCACGUAUCCACCUCAUUUAUCUACUUUUCUGAAAAUCAUGGAAAAAAAAAUGGAUCUCUUCAGAAGAGAUAA